AUGCGGCAGAAGGCAGUAUCGCUCUUCCUGUGUUACCUGCUACUCUACACCUGCGGCUGCUGCGAGGAGGAAGACGAAAACAGAUGCUCAAAGGAAAACAGCGACUCGAGCUUCUGGGGCACGGUGACCUACAUGGCCCUCGGAGGUGGACUCAUGGCCGCGGCACUGCCCGUGCUGGGCUUCACGGGCACCGGCAUCGCUGCCAACUCGGUGGCCGCCUCACUGAUGAGCUGGUCGGCCGUGGCGAACGGGGGCGGAGUGCCGGCCGGGGGGCUGGUGGCCACGCUGCAGAGCCUGGGUGCUAGCGGUGGCAGUGCCCUCAUGGCCAAGAUCGGGGCUCUUCUGGGCUAUACUGUCCACAAGCAAGUCGAAAGCAGACAGGAGAGAAAGGAGAAGAAGUAG